UUUAAAUUUUUUUCUCACUUAGUCAAAAUCAAGAACAAAAAAAAUUAUCAGAAGAAUAUGAGAACUAAUUUACAUCUCUUGCUCUUCCUCUGUUUGUCCUGUUAUCUAUCUAUCUCAAAUGGAACUCAAUUGAUUAUAGUGAACAAUUGCAAAGAAAGUAUAUGGCCAGGAAUUCUUGGCACAGCAGGGCAUGAAACACCAAACAAUGGUGGAUUUCAUCUCAACAUUGGCCAACAAGUAGUAAUUCAACUUCCUAACCUAUGGUCAGGAAGAAUAUGGGGCAGACAAGGUUGUUGUUUCGACGAAAAUGGUAAAGGAACUUGUCAAACAGGGGAUUGCUCCGGCCUCCUGAAUUGUUCAGGGGCCGGAGGAAUCCCCCCUGCAACGCUCGUGGAAAUGACAUUAGGAACCUCAAACAAUAAAAAACAUUACUAUGAUGUAAGUUUAGUUGAUGGAUUCAAUAUUCCUGUUUCAAUGAUACCAAUUCGCGGUAGCAUUGGAUGUGGUGUUGCUGCUUGUGAAGCUGAUUUGAAUCAAUCUUGUCCAGAAUACUUAGCUCUCAAGUGUCAAGGCAAAAUUGUGGGAUGUAAAAGUGCUUGUUUAGCUACUAAUUCACCAAGAUACUGCUGCACAGGGAAAUUUGCUAGUAAAAACACUUGCAAACCAACCGCGUUUUCGCAGUUUUUUAAGACUAUUUGCCCUAGGGCUUAUAGCUAUGCAUUUGAUGAAUCUACUGGACUUAAGAGUUGUAAGGCGCCGCGCUAUCUCAUUACCUUCUGCCCUCCUACUUAAUCGUACGAGCAUUUCUACUGUCGUGUUAAGAAAAUGGACCUUGGACGUAAGUAAUUAACAAGUAUGUUCAUGUGUU